AUGGGGGCAGAGAUCACUGCUAUGCAGCCGCUGCAAACCAAGGAGUGCCAAGGGUCUCCGGUGACAGGAGUUAACUGUGAGAGGCACUGCAGCCCCAAAGCUGCUGAGGGUGGGGGUCGGAGGAAGCCCACCCCAGGGGCUGCCUGGUGCUGGUGGGUGGGGACCCACGUACGCCGGACGAAGACUCGCUCCCGCCACCCCCCAUCGCACCAGGGAGCGGGACCGGCCGCCGCUCGGGUCCCCUCGCCUGCGCUUGUCGCCGGCUGCGCACCAGCUGCCCGGGGACUCAGGUUGCACCCCUGGAAGCGGGAGCGCAACCUCGCUCGCGCACUCGGGAAGUUUCUCUUUCUGUGCGAUCUUCUGAGCCCGACGUUUGCAGUCCUUCCUCCUGGCCCAUCUCCCAUCGCCGUGCGCAGGGCCAGGCUGGAUCUCCUUCCGUGGCCCUGGCCCUGGCUUUGGCGACCGGGGUUCAGUUUCACAGAGUUUUUGGACCCAUUCCAGAGGGUCAUCCAGCCAGAAGAGAUCUGGCUCUACAAAAAUCCUUUGGUGCAAUCAGACAACAUACCUACCCGCCUCAUGUUCGCAAUUUCUUUCCUCACACCCCUGGCUGUUAUUUGUGUGGUGAAAAUUAUCCGGCGAACAGACAAGACUGAAAUUAAGGAAGCCUUCUUAGCAGUAUCCUUGGCUCUUGCUUUGAAUGGAGUCUGCACAAACACUAUUAAGUUGAUAGUGGGAAGACCUCGCCCCGAUUUCUUUUACCGCUGCUUUCCAGAUGGAGUGAUGAACUCGGAAAUGCACUGCACGGGUGACCCCGACCUGGUGUCCGAGGGCCGCAAAAGCUUCCCCAGCAUCCAUUCCUCCUUUGCCUUUUCUGGCCUUGGCUUCACGACGUUCUACUUGGCUGGCAAGCUGCACUGCUUCACUGAGAGCGGGCGGGGGAAGAGCUGGCGGCUCUGUGCUGCCAUCUUGCCCCUAUACUGCGCCAUGAUGAUUGCCCUGUCCCGCAUGUGUGACUACAAGCAUCACUGGCAAGAUUCGUUUGUGGGUGGAGUCAUUGGCCUCAUUUUUGCGUACAUUUGCUACAGACAGCACUACCCCCCUCUGGCCAACACAGCUUGUCACAAACCGUACGUCAGCCUCCGAGUCCCGACGUCGCUGAAGAAGGAUGAGCGGCCCACAGGGGACAGCGCGCCCAGCAUGCCUCUGGAGGGCAUCACCGAAGGCCCCGUAUGACUGCGGUCUCGGGAGGAUGGACGCUGAGCCCAGGGCACACUCUUCCACCCCGGCAUCACAACGCAGUAGGAGAGGUUUUCUGUAGUGUGUUUUUCAUCAACUGUUCCUCAAAGUUAUCCCUCUGCUUCCAUCUGGCCGAUGGCAUUCCUGCUACUUUCGAUGUCUCCUUUCAACUUUCUUGAGUUUGCAAAGGAAGGACACAGGGACAGUCUCUGAGAGACGUGGGGAAGGAGGCUGCCAGGGGAGGGUGGGUGCAACUCGGUCCAUUCCUUUGUCCUCAGUGUUUGCUGUAAUAGCCACCGCCCUAUGUUUUCAUGGUCGUGAAACGUAAUAAAGCCUCCAAGCUGGAA